AUGUCAAUGUUAUUGUUUAAACAAUCAAUAACUUCAACAUCAUCAAUUACAAUUAUAUCACAUCCACCUUAUAACUACACAUCAUCAACAUCAACAUCAACAUCAUCAGCUUCAGCAACUUAUUGUACAAGUACUCAAUAUGGUAGUAAUAGUAAAGUAAAGACAUUGACGACUAAACAGAAAGAACAACCUAGAAAGAGUGUAAAGCGUUUGCAACAAUCACAGCAUGACAGACCAUUCGUCACCAACGACUAUGACGACGAAGGCUACGAGUUUGACACUUCAAAGAUCAAAGUUACCGACACAGCACAACAACUACAACAUGACGACGAUGAUAUAAUGAACAAGUCUGAGCGACUACAGAAGCGACUGUCAAGGGUUGGAGUGUCAUCGAGGAGGAAUGCAGAGAAGUUGAUUGAGGAUGGAAGAGUGACGGUGAAUGGACAGGUGGCAAAUAUGAAGUCAUUCAUGGUGACACCAUCAUGUGUUAUAGCGGUCGAUGGCAAACAGGUGACAGACACAAUACCAAGGAUAUGGAUGCAUAACAAGUUGAAGAAGGUGUUGGUGACCAAUGCCGAGGACCCCGAGAGGGACACGCUGAUACCGAUAUUGAAGCGUGUGUUGGACAAGCAGCAUCUGAUAUCUGUGGGCCGUCUCGACUACUACUCCGAGGGCCUGAUAUUGAUGACGAACGAUGGCGAGCUGUCGCGCUUCCUGGAGCUGCCCGCCAACGGCUUCCAAAAGACGUAUCGCGUACGUCUGUUUGGCAAGAUCACGCCAGAGAUGAACACGGCCCUGACCAAGGGUGUGAUGAUCGAUGGCAUCAAGUACGCGCCCGUCAAGUUGUCGGUCGAGAGCGAGUCUACGUCCAACACGUGGGUGCAGGUCACGCUCACUGAGGGCAAGAACCGCGAGAUCAGACGUAUAUUCGAACACUUCAAUGUCAAGGUGCUCAGAAUCAUUCGCAUCAAGUAUGGACCAUACACACUGCCCGCCAGUCUCAAGCCUGGCGAGACACAAGAAGUUGUCAUCAAGGAUGAACUAAAGUCCUUCAAGAACAAAUGGAUCACCAAAGAGAAGUUCCUCAAGAAGCGUCAUAAUCAGAUGAUGUUGCAGAAUCAGCAGGAGCAACAACAAUAA